CUCACUCUCACACUUAUCCAUCUGUAAAACAAUCUCCAAAUAUCAGUUCUAUAUUGAGUUCUGUCUGUACGUGUUUGAGAGUGAGAGCUAGAGAGAGAGAGAGAGAGAGAGGAUGGACGCAAGUGUGGUGAAGAAACCACCUUCUCCCCAUGAAGAAAGCAGCGCAGGUCCGGCAGCCAUGAGGCUACUGUUGAUGGCAGUGUCUCUGGGGUCUCUUCUGUUGUGGAUCAUGAUGCCCACCAACACAUAUAGGCAAAUCUGGUUGCCUAAUAUCCGAGCAAACACUAACUCUACAUAUUUCGGGAGACAAGGUGCAACACUUCUGAUUUACACUUUCCCCAUCCUGUUUGUUGCUGCCGGGGGCUGUGUGUACCUCCAUUUUGGAAAGAAAUCAAAUAAUAAUAAAAUGAAAAGCAAUGGCAGAAAUCAUCGGUUUGCCUCAUGGAAGCGGCCGCUGCUCGUUAAAGGCCCUCUGGGGAUUGUUUCCAGUGUAGAGCUAGCCUUGUUCGUCAUGUUCAUUGCACUCCUGGUCUGGUCGUUUGCAUCUUAUAUACACAUCAAAUUUGCUACAAUCACCCCACAAGUAGCAGCCAAGAACGGCGAGAAAGUAUGGCAAUAUAAAUUGGGCACUGCAGCUCUAAUCCUAGGCCUGGUUGGGAACAUAUGUCUAGCAUUUCUGUUCUACCCGGUGACUCGUGGAUCGUCCGUGCUGCCACUCUUCGGCCUCACUUCUGAGGGAAGCAUCAAGUACCACAUAUGGCUUGGACACGUCGUCAUGACGCUCUUCACGGCUCAUGGUAUUUGUUUCAUCGUCUCUUGGGCCGUCUCGAAUCAAAUUUCCGAGAUGGUUAAAUGGGACAAAACAGGGAUAUCAAAUGUGGCCGGAGAACUAUCUUUGGUGGCCGGAUUGGCCAUGUGGUUAACAACCUUCCCUCGCAUACGCCGGAAAUUCUUCGAGCUCUUCUUUUACACCCACAACCUUUACAUCCUCUUCAUCAUUUUCUUCAUACUCCAUGUCGGCAUCUCUUACGCUUUCAUUAUGCUUCCCGGUUUCUACCUCUUCCUCGUCGACCGUUACCUAAGGCUUCUACAGUCGCGGCAAAGAGUUCGAGUGGUUUCUGCCCGCCUUUUGCCUUGCGAAUCUCUAGAACUCAACCUCGCCAAGAGCCCCGGUUUGAGUUAUAAUCCUAUGAGCAUCACGUUCAUAAACGUGCCUACCAUUUCCAAGCUGCAGUGGCAUCCUUUUACUAUCACUUCUAGCAGUAACGUGGAGCCUCACAAGCUGAGCAUUGUCAUUAAAGGCGAAGGAAGUUGGAGCAAGAAGCUCUACCAGAUGCUUUCAUCACCUUCUUCACCGGAUCGUCUCGAGGCCUCAGUUGAAGGACCAUAUGGCCCGGUUUCAACAGAUUUUUUAAGCUUUGACACUCUGGUUAUGGUGAGUGGAGGCAGUGGCAUUACUCCAUUCAUAUCUAUCAUUCGAGAGCUCAUCUUUCUGAGCACAACGCCGAAUUGCAAUACUCCAAAAGUGAAGCUAAUUUGUGCGUUCAAGAAUUCUCCGGACCUUACCAUGCUAGACCUCAUCCUUCCUAUCUCUGGAACCAUCUCCGACAUUUCCAGUCUGCAGCUACAAAUUGAGGCCUUUGUAACAAGAGAAAAAGAGCCCGAAACAGAUAAGUCAAAGCCGCUUAGAGCCAUAUGGUUCCAGCCCCAUGCAGCAGAUGCACCCUUCUCUGCCAUUUUAGGCCCCAACAGCUGGCUUUGGCUUGGGAUGAUAAUAGCGUCUUCCUUUGUCAUUUUCCUCAUAUUAAUUGGAAUUAUUACUCGUUAUUAUAUAUAUCCUAUCGAUCACAACACAAAUGACAUAUUUUCAACCUCUUGGAGAGCCGUGAUAAGUAUGUUUGUCAUAUGCAUCUGCAUAGCCAUCACGGCUAGUGCAGCAGUUUUUUGGAACAAGAGGCGGAAUGCUGUUGAAGCUAAGCAGGUUCAGAACAUGGAAGAGGCAACGGGGUCUCCGGGCUCGCACAAUAUGGAAUUGGAAAGCCUCCCACACCAGUCUCUUGCCCAAGCUAUCAAUGUUCAUUAUGGUCGAAGACCUGACCUAAAGAAAAUGCUCCUGGCCGAGUUCAAGGGAUCGAGUAUCAAAGUUCUCGCGUCUGGCCCGAAGAGUUUGAGACAAGAGGUUGCGACCAUUUGUUCAUCGGGUUCUGCAGAUAAUGUGCACUUUGAGUCCAUCAGCUUUAGCUGGUGAGUUGCUCAACUCAUCUACAAAUGUCUAUGUUUUUAGAUUUCAGGGGUACCUGAUAAGUGACAAGUGCGAAUAUAUUGUGAAGCCAAUAUUUAUGGUUGUGGUUGUGGCUGUAUUUUGUUAAAAUAAUAUAAAUGUCUGUUUCAGUUCU